GGCUCAUCCUGGGCUUGACAGCUGUCACUGUGCGCCGAGGUCAAGGCAAAGAAGCAUGGCGGCGUUGUUUAGAGGGUCACGAAAUGUAUUGUUAAGGUGGAAUAAGCAUGUCGACCUUGCCCACGUGUCAAUGCGAUCAAUGGCUUCAAAAACACCAGUGGGGUUUAUUGGUCUGGGAAACAUGGGCAGCCCCAUGGCCAAGAACUUGUUAAAAAAUGGUUAUCCCGUUAUUGCCACUGACGUCUUCCCAGAGUCCUGCAAGGAGCUGCAGGACCUUGGUGCUCAGGUGUUGGACUCCCCAGCAGAUGUGGCAGAGAAAGCAGACCGCAUCAUCACAAUGCUGCCAUCAAGUCCCAACGUCAUAGAGGUCUACACUGGCCCAAAUGGCAUCCUUAAGAAGGUGAAGAAGGGAACGCUGUUGAUUGACUCCUCCACCAUUGACCCUUCAGUCUCAAAAGAGAUGGCGGUAGCUGCAGAGAAGAUGGGUGCCGUUUUCAUGGACGCCCCUGUGUCGGGAGGUGUCGGGGCUGCCAGCCUGGCCAAACUAACCUUCAUGGUAGGUGGAGUGGAGGAGGAAUACAACGCUGCACAGGAGCUGCUCACCUGCAUGGGAGCCAAUGUUGUCUACUGUGGACAGGUUGGCACUGGGCAGGCAGCAAAGAUCUGCAACAACAUGCUGCUGGCCAUUGGGAUGAUUGGGACCGCGGAGACCAUGAACCUCGGCAUUAGACUUGGUUUGGACCCAAAGCUGCUGGCAAAGAUCCUCAACAUGUCGUCUGGUCGUUGCUGGUCCAGCGACACUUACAACCCGGUCCCUGGAGUCAUGGAUGGAGUCCCCUCUGCCAACAACUACCAGGGCGGCUUUGGAACUACACUAAUGGCAAAGGAUCUCGGUUUAGCUCAAAACACUGCCACCAACACGAAGACGCCCGUCCCUCUGGGCUCCCUCGCCCACCAGAUCUUCCGAGUCAUGUGCUCCCGCGGUUACGCUAACAAGGACUUCUCAUCUGUCUUCCAAUUCCUGCGUGAGGAGGAAGGACAGUGAACGUAGGGAGGAGGGGGACAGUUAACUGUGAUUUUAGCAUACGCAUACACACACACACACACACACACACACACACACACACACACACACACACACACACACACACACACACACACACACACACACACACACCCCAGUGCCCCUUAUCCCACAAUGCUCAGGAGAGACUAAGGCCUUGCCCUCAGGCAAAGAUGUACAAUCCAAUUAACAUACUGUAUGUCGACAUGUGUCCCCCCCCUCAUUGCAUUAGCUGAAUCAUACUCUCCAUUCAUGGCUCCCCCUCCAAAUUGUGGGGAAAUGCUAAAACUGACCUUAGAUACGUGUCUGGAGACAAAGCAACGCUCUCUCACCAGUCAGAGCUGAUUGGCCAGAGCGGGAGGGGGAAGUGAGAGGUAGGAGGAGGCGCUGCAGAUUUACAUGUAACAAGGCAGACGCAUGUGUUUUUUUCAGGAAAGAUUGCAAAGUAAUCAUUGCGUGAAUGUUGAACGUAUGUUUUUGUCAAAUUUGUGCUUUUUGCCUGUUACCCAAGGAUCUAUCCCUGUUUGAUGAUAAAGGUGAACAAAAAAAUGAGAUAAGAACAAAAUAAAAACAAGAUGGGCUAAACUAAUGGGGGAAAUAAAUCACAUUCACAGCACUACAUUCAAGGAAACCAAAACUGUCCAUACCAUGGGCACAGAGUUCACUUGUUACAUUUCUUUGUUUCUGGCUGGAUGGUGGUGUCCGUCUCUCCCCCGGGUGCCUCCUCAGACAUCCUACCAGCACACAAACUAGUUCAUUGCAUAAUUAAAUCAUCCAGUUUUUUUACACAGUUACAGUAUUUUCAAGUCUCGGUCACUACAUUUAAGUCUCACUGGAUCAACCAGCUCUGCUCUACUGUACCAUGAGAUAAAUAUCCUGGUUAUUUUUGCACUGUGUGCAUCGCGGUGUGAUGUGCUGGCUUAUUUUGAUACAGAUACCCUUUAAACUUACCUCCUCUUCUCUGCUGUCCGCAUCUGUUUAUCGAGCCACUGGAGUAUUAUUCCGCGACCAACACUGUUUCAAUUUUAUACCGCACAUUAACUGCACAUUGUUGUUCCCAGUGUCCAGCACGUUCUCUUACCCGUUUAACUUCACUUAAAGUCUAUCCUCCUCCUCGCAUAGUGUACGACGUCUGUGUGAAGUGUAAGUGAGGAACGCCUCCACCCUGCUGUGAGCAAAUGUACAUAAUGUAUAUUUUAUAAUAUUGUGUGGUAUUGAAGAGGAAUCUAAAAGAACUGUCACCCUUUUUUUUUUUUUUUGUUUCUACAGUUUGUCUUUGCUCUGUGAAACAGAUCCUCGGUCAGUAGCCUAAAAUAAAAGAUGUUCUGUGAA